AAAAAAAAAAAAAAAAAAAAGAAGAAGAAGAAAGGGGUAAAACGAGGAGUUUGGCCGAGCGAAUUCUGCAGGCGCCAUUCUCAAAGUUUAUUUACAGCAUUGAAAACCGGAAAGUUAGUUAAAGUAGUUACGCUACUGAACACUUGCCACGACAACGUUGUUUAACAGAUACGGCGUUCAAGAUUAUUUAAAAAAAAAAAAUACUCGUAAUAAAUGUAAAAUACAGACUCUUUUCACUGUCAGUUUGUCACCAACAAAAAAAUGAUGAAUUAGCCGCAAUGAAAAGCAUGCCCCCAUAAUAAUAAAUGAUGAUGAUUCUCACUGCAUUAUCUGCAUCGUCAGCACUCAAGCUCUCAUUCUCUCUUUUUCACAGUACAGAUCAUUUGAAUUUAGAUAGAGAUAUGAAGCAAUUAAUUGAUUGCCAAAGAAAGAGAACAAAUCUUUGACUACUUGUUUGAAACUUUCUUCCGGGUUUUUCCUUUUUGGUAAGCCACUAAUAGUUUUGACUGCAACCGUUACUCCCAUUGGCCUAUAAAUUGAUGAUCUCCAUCAAUCACUGAUACAGGUGCCAUGAACACGAUGAAGUAUUUGUCACUGAUAGCUUUCCUCUUCCUUUUCUGUGAUUUCUCACCCAGAAUAUUGGGUAUACAGCAAGCUAAUGUCCCACCCAGAGGUUGGAACUCUUAUGAUUCAUUUUGUUGGACAAUAUCUGAGGAUGAGUUUCUGCAAAAUGCUGAUCUUGUUGCUAAAAAACUGCAUCCUUUUGGUUACGAGGUGAUGUACAUACAUGUUUAUGUGAUUUCCGUAGCAAUCUUCAUUGCUUAAUUGGCUAAUUCAUAGUGUUCCUGUUGUGAAUGUUUGGCUUGUGUUUCCAGUAUGCAGUGCUAGACUAUCUUUGGUACAGGAAGAAAGUGGAAGGUGCUAAUGUUGAUUCACUUGGAUUUGAUGUGAUUGAUGAGUGGGGAAGGGUGAUUCCUGACCCGAGCAGAUGGCCUUCUUCCAAAGGCGGGAAUGGGUUAUCAGAAGUAGCCAAUAGAGUGCAUAAGUUGGGUUUGAAAUUCGGGAUUCAUGUAAUGAGAGGUAUCAGUACCCAAGCGGUCAAUGCUAACACCCCAAUUCUGGAUAUCAGUACGGUAAACCUACUCAUUCAUUGUCUACAAUUUACUCCUUGCACCCUUUUGUCGAUUUUACAAAAUUGUUUCUUCAAUGAGAGAAUAUGUAACCUUUGUGCUGGUGAGAAGAAGGGAAAGUUUCAUGGCUAGUGACUCAUAUGCAUGAGAGUUGGUCAUCAUUUGUACACGUUUGAGAGUCCUCUAACUGCUUAUUUUCAUUUAGGGCAAGGCUUAUGAAGAAUCUGGAAAGAAGUGGUAUGCAAAAGAUAUAGGUUUAGAGGAGAUGAAAUGUGGCUGGAUGCAAAAUGGUUUCAUGAGUGUGAAUAUGCAUUUAGGAGCUGGAAGAGCAUUUAUGAGAUCCCUCUAUCAGCAGUAUGCAGACUGGGGAGUUGAUUUUGUGAAGAAUGACUGCGUGUUUGGCGAUGACUUGAACAUAGAUGAGAUAAAAUUCGUUUCACAGCUGUUGAAUGAGUUCAGUCGCCCAAUUCUGUAUUCAUUGUCUCCAGGGACUAGCGCCUCACCAAGUAUGGCUAAGGAUAUAAAUGGCCUAGUCAACAUGUAUAGAGUAACAGGGGAUGACUGGGAUACGUGGGGAGAUGUUUCAUCCCAUUUUAAUGUUGCACGCGAUUUUGCUGCAGCUAAAAUGAUAGGAGCCAAAGGUUUAAAGGGGACGUCAUGGCCGGAUUUGGACAUGUUACCUCUUGGCUGGCUAACUGAUCCAGGUUCGAAUGAUGGUCCACAUAGAAAUUGCAGGCUCAGUAUAGAUGAGCAAAGAACUCAGAUGACUCUGUGGUCCAUGGCUAAGUCUCCCCUAAUGUUUGGAGGGGACAUGAGAAAUCUAGAUGAAACAACCUUCAGUCUCAUUACCAAUCCUACUUUGCUGAAGAUCAACUCUUUUAGCUCAAAUAACAUGGAGUUUCCAUAUAUUACAGGCGCUAAACAUCAAGAAUUUAGACGUUAUGCUCUCGCUAAUCAAGUAGAAAGCUACAAAGUUGUAGAUGGCUUAGAAUCAGAAGAUCGUUUCUUGGGCAUGACUAGCUGCAGAGAUGUCAAUGCUAAUGGCUGGUCGGCAGAAGCAUAUGACGAUGAGCUUGAGAAAGUUUGCUGGAAGGAAAACUCGCCAAGUGAACAACAGGCACCUUUCUGCCUAUACAAGAGAAAACUGCUUUUGGAAUCAGAUGGAAAUAUGAUGUCUAACAAAAAUAGUCGCUGCAAACUACAUCUGCUAGCGACUGAAAGAAGAGAAUUCUGCCUUGGUGUAUCUCCAAAUCGAAAGCUUGCCUCUAAAGAGUUCAGAAGAGGGUCAUUUUUGCCUUGCAGACGAGAUGCUAAUCAGAUGUGGGAGUUAAGUCAUAACGGAACCCUGAAAAGCCAUUAUUCAGGACUAUGUGCCUCGGUGAAUGCUAUAAAAGCUAAUGAAGGGGAAGUUCGAUCGUGGAUUGCUACUGGAACACAAGGGGAAAUAUAUCUUGCAUUUUUCAAUCUGAACCCUGAGGCACACACCAUCUCCACGGAGAUAUCGGACAUAGGAAAGGCUCUUCCAGGAGGAAAAGUUUACUCAGACUGCAAAACCACAGAAGUUUGGACUGCGAAAGACUUUGGAGUUGUAACAAAAAUGAUAUCAAUGGUUGUACCACCACAUGGAUGUGCAUUAUUUACACUACACUGCACCUAA